AUGAUGGAGCUAUCUUCGUCGACCUUAGAGCUGGUGACGCCACCAACGAGAGGAGACAGUCCGAUGAUGUUUCCUCGUAAUGCCAAUUAUCAAAACCGCGGUGUUGCCUCCGGUCUUCUCAAUGCGGCGUUCACACAGAGACGGUCGGCGUCCGUUAUUUCAGGCGUCAGCAGUAUUCCCUUGCAGCUUUUUAGUGAAGGGAAUAGGUUGACCGCGAAAGAGAGGAUGUUUAUGGAAGCUGCAGAGAAAGGAGACAACGCUACGAUACAGAAAUGCCUGAAACACCCAGACCCGGUGAAUGUAAACGUCACAAAUAUAUUGGGACGAAGCGCUUUACAGAUUUCGGUUGACAAUGAAAAUAUUGAAAUUGUCGAGUUAUUAUUGGCUCAACCGAACGUCAAAAUCGGCGACGCACUUCUGUACGCUAUCAGGGAAGGGGUCUAUAAGAUGGUGGAGAUGAUGGUGAACCACCCCAGUAUAAGCAGAGAGAUGCUUGGAGGAGAGUGGAGUAAAAUGACCAAAGAUCCUCAAGAAGAAAGCAGCGAUUAUUCUCCGGAUAUUUCCCCGGUUAUAUUAGCUGCACAUUGUAACCAAUUUGAGAUUUUACAAUUGCUUUUAACGCGAGGUGCUACGAUUUCAACACCGCAUAACGUGACGUGUGGCUGCGAACACUGCACCGAGAAGCAGCAUGAAGACAGUUUACGCCAUUCAUUACAUCGAAUCAACACCUACAAGGCGUUGGCCAGCCCAGCAUGGAUAUCCCUCACCAGUAGUGAUCCCAUAUUGACAGCUUUUAAAUUGAGCUGGGAGUUGGAACAUUUGGCUAUGAGGGAAAACGAGUUUAAAGACGUGUACCAACAACUGAGUCAUCAGUCUAAAACCUAUGCCGUGGAUUUACUUGAACAGUGUCGCAGCUCGGAGGAGGUUAUCGCCGUUUUAAACAGAGACAACGACUCCGAAGAUGGGUUUGCGGAAGAGGAUGUCAUGGGUGGAAAAAUCACGUUAAUAAGACUAAAACUAGCAUUGAAGUUUGAACAAAAACGGUUUGUUGCUCAUGCGCACACCCAGCAAUUACUAACCUCGAUAUGGUACGAAGGUUUACCUGGUUGGCGGAAACACAAUGCCUUUGUCAAGCUAUUGAUUUGUUUAGCAGUCAUACUAUUACUGCCGUUGAUGGCGCUAUGCUAUCUCCUUUUCCCUCAUACCAAAAUCGGACAGCUUCUCCGGACGCCAUUUAUGAAAUUCAUGAACCAUAGCAUUUCUUUCGGGUUCUUCUUGCUAUUGUUGGUUCUCGCGUCGACUGUGAGGUUUGAAGGCACACGACCAGCGUCCCCGUCCGACACUUGGGUUGACAGUCCGCGUGGUAGAGAGCCGAAUUUUAUAGAAGUAUUAAUUGCCUUAUGGGUAUUUGGUUUUAUAUGGGGAGAAUGUAAACAAUUAUGGGAAGAGGGAUUAAAAGCCUACAUCAGACAAUGGUGGAAUUGGUUGGAUUUCAUAAUGCUCUCGCUUUAUCUAUGCACAAUAUCUUUACGCUUUACGGCUUGGUGGCUGAAAAAAUCCGGCACCUACCCUAGUUUUACCGAUGGAGAGGUUCAGCGAGCUACCUGGCCUGGCGAUGACCCGACUCUCAUAUCAGAAGGAGUGUUCGCUGUCGCCAAUGUAUUUAGCUUCUUUCGAAUUAUUUACUUGUUUCAAGCCAACCCGUAUUUAGGACCUCUGCAGAUAUCACUCGGAUGUAUGCUUAUUGACAUUGCCAAGUUCUUGUUUAUAUUUUUCUUGGUUUUAUUAUCGUUCGCAUGUGGCUUGAAUCAACUAUAUUGGUACUACGGCAGUUCUUCACCCGUGCAUUCUCAAGACGCCGAUUGUCCGUCCAAUUCCAAUCCGGAUGCAUUUCUAAGUCUAGACAGAUCCAUGCAGACUUUGUUCUGGGCCCUGUUUGGCUUAGUCGGAACAGACGUAAUUAAAUUGCCGACACAAGGCCAUAACUACACAGAAUUUGUCGGCGAGAUUCUGUUCGCCUGCUAUCACGUAGUGGCAAUUAUUGUGCUCUUGAAUAUGUUAAUUGCUAUGAUGAGCAAGUCGUAUCAAGAAAUCGAGGACCAUGCAGAUAGGGAGUGGAAAUUCGCGCGUACAAAACUCUGGAUGAGUUAUUUUGACGAGGGGUCAACACUGCCGCCGCCAUUCAAUUUAAUCAUAAGCCCAAAAUCGAUGGUAUGCUUUUUCAAAGCAAUACAGAGAAUCAUGUGCGGGAGUUGUGAAAAGACAAAAUCUAGACCACAGAGGCAGUCAUUGGAAGGGACGAUAAAGAAAACGCAUUUAAACAGUGACGGUGUUAUUGGGCCUCCGCUACAAGAAAAUAUCAAAUACCAGGAUGUAAUGAAAAGAUUGGUCAGUCGAUAUAUACACCAACAAAAAGCAGAGCAAAAACAGGAUGGCGUCAACGAGGAUGACUUGAAUGAAAUCAAACAGGAUAUAUCGAGUCUAAGAUACGAGUUGAGAGCAGACCGGAAGAAGGAACAAAUGCGUGGUACGUCACAGAUAGAGAAUGUGAAGCACGAGAUCAUCGGCGAGUUACGGGGAAUCUCGGGUGCUCCCGAAAACGAGUCGACGACUAUAGUGGGUGCCCCGCGACGCAGUUUGUCAACAGUGAACCCUCCAUCGUUCAUCUCCCAGUCAUUUGAUAAAUCUGAACUCGAGUCGCUGAAAGACGACCUAAUCCAUACGAUUCGCAGUGAAAUCAAAGAAGAAUUGCAAGAGUCGUUACGACGUGCGUUGAACAGUGCAGCCCAAGAGAGCAGUGUCAAUGGCCUCUUGCCGACGAGCUCUGACUUGUAUCACACACAUUUAUAUACUCAGUUGUAA